AUGACGGGAAGCGCAGUGGAAUUCAAGAGGAUAGAUUCUGAAACUCCCGAUCCAGAGCAGCGAAAUGCGAGUCAACGUGAAGGAGAAACUGAAAGAGAAAUGAGUUUCCAACCAGCAGCAUCACCCAGCAAUGACCGAGUAGAGUCCGGCCAAUCAGAAGCCAGCGCGGAUCGGUGGUUGUCUAAUCGCAGCCGUUUAUUUGGGCCUUCGGUGAUCGUGGAGGUGUCUCGGCUGGCGAAGAAGAGAGGAGCCAUCAACCUGGGAGAAGGGUUUCCCGACUAUGCUGCUCCUCCAGCUCUCAAGGAAGCAGGGAUGGCCGCUGUUGCAGCUGAUGUGAACCAAUAUGACUACAACACAUCUCUGGCAGAACUCGUGGCACGCACUUUCUCAGAAGCUUCCGGAGUUCCAGUGAACCCAGACUCAGAGGUGGUUCUCAGCUCCGGCCAGACCUGCGCCUUUGCCUCGGCAUGCCUGGCAGUGUUCCAGCCUGGCGAUGACGUCAUCCUGUUCGACCCUGCCUUUGAGGCAUAUCACGGAGCAAUUCUGAUCGCUGGUGCUAACCCGGUAUACGUGCCUCUCUCUCCUCCCCACUGGUCCAUCGACUUCAAUGCUCUUUUAGCGGCCCUCACUUCACGCACCAAAGGCAUAAUUCUCAACAGUCCAUGCAACCCCACUGGCCGUGUGUUCUCACACAAGGAAUUGACUCAACUCGCCCAGUUCUGCUGCCAUCACGACCUGCUGGCAAUUACAGAUGAGGUGUACAGCGCAUUCACCUAUGGCAGCAGUGCCACGCGCCACGUGUCGCUCGCUCAUUGGCCGGGCAUGAAGCAGCGCUGCAUCGUCACCUCGUCUGUGUCCAAAACGUUCCACGUCACUGGUUGGCGGGUGGGAUGGGCCAUUGCCCCACCGCCCAUUGCAGCAGCCAUCAGCACCAUCAGCGCCAAGCUCAUCGACACUCCUCCGGCCCCCUUCCAGGAAGCGUCCCGUGCGGCUCUGUCCCUACCGUCAUCCUACUACACUCAAUUAAGAGAGGACUACAUGCACAAGCGUGACACAGCAGUGGCCAUGCUGCUGGAAGCGGGCCUGGAGGUGCCUCUUGUGCCGGAGGGGUCCGUCUUUGUGUUCGCCCGCAUUCCCGAGAGUUGGGGUGUUGAUGAUCUUCAGUUCUGCAGGCGAGUGAUAGAGGAAUGCGGAGUGGCCUUCGUCCCAGGUCGAAUAUUCUUCCACCCCACCCACUCCACCUCACCAGAAAACCCACCUGGAAAAGUUCCUGACCAACAACCUGAGCACCCACAUGACAAUCCGACCCAGCACCAAUCUGACCAGCCACAUGGCAUCCUAUCAGCCGUAGGAUCUAUCGAUUAUUUUUCCUGUCUACUCGCCGAUCUGACUCGGUCUUCGGCGACGAACAUGGCUCGCGUCGGCCUUUACCAUGCUGCAUUGGCCUUUCUGGCCGCGUCGGUGCUUCUCCCUUGCUCCACCGCGGCGAUUCUCAAGGCGUGGGGCGGCGCGCAGCCUCUCGAGCCGAUGGCCAACGCGCUGAUCGGCGAAUGGAACAAGAAAGUCAAACCCGCACUAAGAUUCGGCAAAUAUGAUCCCUCCAGCUCCAGCAAUGGCGUUGCGGGAUUCUACAACGGAACCUACUUAAUCGGCGCCGCCUCUGAGCCAAUCAGCGCCGACAAGGAGAUCGCCACCAUCCCCAAGAUCACCUACCAGAUUUUCUCCGGAGCAAUCACUUCCUGGGGAAAUGUUCCCGCCGCGGCCGCCGCUAAGCUCACGGGCCCGAUCACGCGCGUCGCGCGGAGCACCAAGGUCGCCACGACCGCGAUCGUGCAGCAGAUGUGGUUGAAGGCAGGCGCGGGUUACCCCGCCGGCAGCGACACCACCGGCAAGCCCUUCACGUAUGCUGGCCUCACGUUUGCCGCGACGAACGGCGAUAUGUGCACCAAGAUCGCCGCGACGCCCGGCAGCAUCGGGUAUUCGCACACCGGCGGAUGCAAGAACAAACCCGGCGUGGCGGAAGUGGCUCUAAAGAACAAGAAGAACGCGGCCGUCUUGUCUCUGAACUGGAACCCCAUUGUCGCCCUUCCCGCAAAGGUUCCUGCUCCGGACAAAUCCUGGGACUCCGUCGAUCUGAUCUGGACUGCGAACGCCAAGGCUCCUCCCAUGGUCUCCAUGCAAUAUUCUUUCAUCAAGAAAAACCUCAAGACCCCUAAGGUCCCCAACGGUGCAGUUGCAAAGGCGUUUCUGCUGUUCAUAAUUCCCAAGACGGUUUGUGCUGUUUUUGGUUCAGAGUAG